CAGACAAUGUUCAACUAUGAUAACUAGAAUAGGUCGUCUAACUUCUGGAAUCGAGGAAUAAAAGUAUAAAUGGACAGCAUCGAAUCACAAAUAGUUUCUAGGAACCGGCAAAACAUUGUCGAAUCAGAUAGACCUGGAAAGGAAGCUAAGCUGCAAAAAGCAAGCAGUACCGGUAGCGAUUCAUCAGCAGAACAAGAACAGCCAACCUGUGGAAUAUGCAUGGAAAGCUUCGAUAAAGACAGAGACAGUAAUAAUAAAUACGGCCUGUUGGACAACUGCUCGCAUAUAUUUUGCUUUGAAUGCAUAAUAACGUGGCGAUGUACAAAGUCGUUGGAGAGUCCAGUAACCAAAGCGUGUCCUGCUUGUCGUGCACCCUCUUAUUUCGUCACACCUAGUAACAAAUGGGUGACGGACCCUCGGGAAAAAAGAAAAUUGAUGUUGAAGCACAAAUAUGAAAUGUCAAAAACACCAUGCAGACGAUUUCAACAAGGCAGGGGGAGCUGCAGAUACGGAAUUAAAUGCUACUACCAACACGCAUAUCCCGCGUAUACUCAAAACGAACAAACAAACCUAAUUGAAACGUCAGGUCCAACGGCAGAUGCCCUUGAUAGCAACCAAAUGUCUGAUAUCACUAUUUGGUAUGAUCUCAUCGAGUUGCUCGUCGGAUACAUGUCUGAGCUUGAUGUACGAAGAGAAAAUGUUAAUGCUUUGUAGAGCACAAAUCACCUUACAGACAUCAUUUCAAAAUGUUCAGUUGAUCGAAGCAUUGACGAUGAUUUGUUAAUAACUCUAAUUCGACUCUUGAUUUCUGAAGAAUGGUUAUUGAUUGAAUAUGCAUGUGAUGUACUAAUGUAUUAUAUUUUAUGCGACGUUUUUAAACAAAUAAUUGGCCAACACAUUGUGUA